AUGGCGCAAAAGGUGGGGCCGGGAUCGCAGCCUGGCAGCAUUAAAUGAGGUCUUUAAGGCUUGUUUAUGUUCUCAAGGCCGGCCUCGCCCGCAUCGUAGCCCGCCUCCCAGAGCGGGCGGGUCACUUCCGGGAGGCGGGGACAGCGGGGCGCAGCUUAGGGUCCUGUGCCGCCGUGACGGGCUCCGCGACCCGUUUCCAGCACUUGACUUUUUUUCGUUUGUUUUAAGGCAGGGUUUCUCAUCCUCCUUAUUACUGACAUUUGAGGCCGGAUAAUUGUGUGUUUUGGGGGGCUGCCCUGUACUGUAGGGUAAGCAGCAUCCCUGGACUCUACCCUCUAGAUGCCAGUAACAGCCCUUCCAGUUGUGACAACCAAACAUGUCUCCAGACUUGUCACAUAUUCUCUAGCGGGCAAAAUCGCCCCCGGUUGAGACCCCUCUAAGGGGGGAGUGACCCUUUUCAAAGAGAAGGAAAGUUAAAGGACGGAAAUACCGAUGUCUUUAGCUACGUGAAUAACGUGUGGCCGGGCUCGCCGCUCUUCCAGAAACUCUCUGUCCGGUGUGCGCGUCUCGAAUCGGUCGUCGACCGGGAAUCGGAGCCCGUCCGGGAGAAGGAGCAGGUCAAGGUCUCGUUGCAGGAGGCGCCACGAGCGGAAAUACAGACGCUACUCGAGGUCUUACUCGCGGAGCCGGUCGCGAUCCCGCAGCAGGUCCCGCUCCCGGGGGAGGUCGUGUUGUAGAAGGGUCUACGCGGUCAGGCGGGGGCGACAAUGCUACGGCUUUGGCCCUGUGGAGUACCCGGAAGGACACAGAAGUUGGAGGGAGAUCCAGGACUAGGUCGCGAAAAAGAAAGAAUGGAGCUGUUAGAAAUAGCAAAAGCCAGCGCAGCUAAAUCUUUAGGAAUAGCCUACCUUGACUUGGCAGUCUGUCUCACAACUGUUCCUGUAGCAAAAGAAUCUAACUGUGGAAUAGCUGUACCAAAUACUGCUGCAAAGUUCAAGUGCCGCAUCCUGCCCAUCUGUGUGUCCUGCACUCAGGCGAGUACACUGUUACCUCCUGGAGUCACAGGAUCAAUCACAAGAAAACUGAGAGGAUCGCAAAGCCGUUAUUAUUCAGAAGCACCAGCUUAUCCAAAAGAUGGCCUUCAAAAGGGAAGUAUAAACACCUUAAGACUAACAGUAUAUUCAAAUUAAGAUUCCUUGAAGCACACUGACAAGGCAGUCUCUGUGAACAUACUGUUUCCUGUUAAAAAAUAGUGGCCCUACCAGAAUGAUUUUAUAUAUAUUGUAUUACAGUAUAUAUAUUAUAUUAAGUAAUUAAUGUAUUUAAAUGUUUUAUUUUAAAAAUUUCAUAACAUUCUCUUUUUUCCCAGUGCUAUUUCUACAUGAUGCUAGCUAAAUAGGACUUAAUUCCCUAAUAAAAUUGAUUUAAAUAAAAAGUCUAUCUGCCUUUUAUACAAACUGUACAUCCAGAUGUCUCUAAUGGACUUCAGGGUAGGAAUCAUCUUGUAUUUAGUUUUGUCUUUCCUGUAACUAGUAAAAGAGGAGAUACUGAGAAAAUGCUUGUUGAAUGAAUAAAUGAAUGGAUAACUAUGCAUAGAUCAGAAUUUUGAAAAAAAUUUCUAGAGAAAAUAAUUUCUUAAAGAAACUACCAUUUACUUCUGGUUUCUCUUUUUUGAAAAUAAUGUGUAUCUGGACAGACUGAAACUAGUUUUUACUUUUGCAUCCUUCUCUCUCUGUACAGGAAAAUCAUGAACAGAAAAAAAGGCACUAAAGUAAAAUCCUUGUCAUUUAAAUACCUUGAUAAGAUUGUUUACUAUUAUCUGAAGUCCUUAAUUUUAACAGAAUCAGUAUGAAGCACUUCAAAUUAAAAACAUAUAAGUAACAUAAACUCAGUAACUCACUGCUUUACUUGUUGAUUCAUUCAAAUACUGAAAACCUCUAACAUGGUUAGGGAAAAUCAUGUGCUGGAGCAA